GGCUUACUUGCCCAAUGCACGAGGUGUCACUCCUCAUUCAAGGCAUAUUCUUCCCCUGCAGUUGGACCUGACAAAAACUCUUUCAGCUUAAUCAGGUACAUUUCUAUCCAGCUGUGGUGAAGUUACAGAGCCAAUGGCACACCCUUUGACAGACUGGAACACGGGCCUCUUUGACUGCUGUGAGGACACCAGCACCUGUUGCUAUGGUUUCUGGUGCUGCCCUUGUCUUGCCUGCACAGUUUCAGGGAAAUUUGGAGAGAACCGUUGUCUUCCAUUAUGUGACAUGCUCAGCCCCGCUAUAACAGCAGCCUGCGGCCUGCCUCUGUGUGUGCCUCCUGCAGCCCUGGCUCUACGGGUUGGCAUUCGACACAGAUAUGGUAUCAAGGGUUCCCUUUGUAAGGACAUCGCCAGUUCCUGUUUCUGUGAGUGGUGCUCCUGGUGUCAGAUGCAGCGUGAGUUAAAGUUUCGCAAGAAAAACACGGUGGUCGUUGUCAACAUGCAGCCUCCACCAAUCAUGAAUGUUCCUGGAUACCAACCUUCUGCUGGUUUCAUGGCUCAACCAGGAGUUAGAUACUGAGCCUUGCAACUUCUCAUUGGUCUGCUCUGUCUUAUGAAAGAUUUUGGAUUUAGUUCAGAUUAUCGGUGGUGUUGUGGUCCUUUAGUGUAAAAACUGAUUAUUUUUGGCUAUAGGUUUGGGAGACAGUGCUUGUUUGUACCUUGUUUUAUUUUGUUUAUUGUAAUCAUUUUGAAACAUGUCUCCUUGGCAUUAACGUCUGCAGGUUCAAUUUCAGUCCCAAACUGCCAGAAUAAUGAUAAUCAUGCCAAGGUGAAAGUUGGUAGAUAUGACCAGUCACUUUUUAAAGACUAAGGAAAGCGUUGUAAAUGUCUCAAGAUGAUGGAUCGGGAGAACUCUUGAAAAUAAACCUUCAAAUGAGAAAAGGGGCAUUGAAGAAGAGGUCUUCAAAUUGUUUGCUGAACAUUUCCAAAAUACUUACUUUUCUUUGUCUCUCAGGUUUUAAAUGUAAAUGUAUGUUGGAGGAAAAUGUGUAAUUAACGUGCAUGACUUUGUCUAAUGAAGUUUACCCAAUGGAUGUUUGAAGGAUAUUUAUACCAAAGUGGAUUUCUCUAACUAUGGGUGUGAAUUACUAUUUUUGAUCUACACGCAGCAUUAAUUCCAUAAAAGUUACAAAAAGUGUUUUCUAGAAAAAGGAUUCUUUAGUUAUUCAAUCUUAACAUGAUUCUUUCCAUUUACCAGUUACCAUGUAAUAAUGUGUUGACUGAGUUUUUGACCAUAAUAAUAAAUAAUACAAAACUGAC